UUGACGUCCAUCAUGGAGUUUAGCAAAACACAUCAUGCUUUUCGUGAACGCUGGGCCAGGACAGAUGACAACAUGUGCAAAAACAGCAUGUCCUUUCACCUGCACAAUACUCUGAGGCAGGAGUUCUUUGCCAGCUACCUUUACCUGCUGGAGCAGAUUCCCUUGGUGAAACUGUAUGCUGUAACCUGUGAAUACAUCAAAGGAGAGAAACAGUUCUACUACAGGGCCCAGAACUUCUACAAAGAUGUAGAAGCAUCAGAGGAGGGCAUGUUGGGAGGAUUUGUGGAGAUCUCAGAGAUAGACCUAGAAAGUUCCAGACAGUUCCUAAAGAAGUUCCUGGGUCCAGGGAAGGCUGAUACUAAACGAGCGCUGGACUGUGGCUGUGGGAUUGGCCGGGUGUCUAAAGGAGUGCUGUUCCCUGUAUUUGAAACGAUGGAGAUGCUGGACAUGAUGGAGGAAUUCAUUCUCCAUGCACAUGAGUGUUACUUGGGUGAUUAUGCUGACCGGGUGGAGACCUACUACCUUGACAUCCUGCAGGAUCUCAUCCCUCCACCCAACAGAUAUGACGUCAUCUGGAUGCAGUGGGUUGCCUGUCAUCUAACUGAUAAAGAUCUGAAGGAGUUCUUAAUGCGAGCAAAAGAGAGCCUGAGGCCCAAUGGCGUAAUCAUCAUAAAGGACAACAUGGCACGGCAGGGCUGCAGACUGGAUCCUGUUGACAGCAGCAUCAUCCGCCACCUGGACAUCAUGAAAUGUGUCAUCCAGGAGGCUGGUCUUACCAUACUGGACAUGGAGAGGCAGGAAGGCUUCCCUGAUGUCAUUGUGCCUGUGUGGAUGAUUGCCAUGCAGUGA